GAGGCCGGGCGGGUGGCUGGCCCGGCUGCCGGCUGCGCUGCGCGGCUCUCGGUUCCGACGGUCUCUCUCAUGCGCUGAGGGCGCCCGGCUGGGCCGGGCGGGCGGCGGGAGCGGAGGCUCCUCUCCAUGGUCCAGAAGACCAGCAUGUCCCGGGGUCCUUACCCACCCUCGCAAGAGAUCCCUAUGGAGGUCUUCGACCCCAGCCCCCAGGGCAAAUACAGCAAGAGGAAAGGGCGGUUCAAACGGUCGGAUGGGAGCACGUCCUCAGAUACAACAUCCAACAGCUUUGUCCGCCAGGGCUCGGCGGAGUCCUACACCAGCCGUCCGUCAGACUCUGAUGUGUCUCUGGAGGAGGACCGGGAAGCCUUAAGGAAGGAAGCAGAGCGCCAGGCAUUAGCCCAGCUUGAGAAAGCCAAGACCAAGCCGGUGGCAUUUGCUGUGCGGACAAAUGUGGGCUACAACCCGUCUCCAGGGGAUGAGGUGCCAGUGCAUGGAGUGGCCAUCACCUUCGAGCCCAAGGACUUCCUGCACAUCAAAGAGAAGUACAACAAUGACUGGUGGAUCGGGCGACUGGUGAAGGAGGGCUGUGAGGUCGGCUUCAUCCCCAGCCCCGUCAAGCUGGACAGCCUGCGCCUGCUGCAGGAGCAGAAGCUGCGCCAGAGCCGCCUCAGCUCCAGCAAAUCAGGUGACAACUCCAGCUCCAGUCUGGGAGACGUGGUGACUGGCACCCGCCGCCCCACGCCCCCUGCCAGUGCCAAACAGAAGCAGAAGUCGACAGAGCAUGUGCCCCCCUAUGACGUGGUGCCUUCCAUGAGGCCCAUCAUCCUGGUGGGACCGUCGCUCAAGGGCUAUGAGGUUACAGACAUGAUGCAGAAAGCUUUAUUUGACUUUUUGAAGCAUCGGUUUGAUGGCAGGAUCUCCAUCACGCGCGUGACGGCGGACAUCUCCCUGGCCAAGCGCUCCGUCCUCAACAACCCCAGCAAACACAUCAUCAUCGAGCGCUCCAACACACGCUCCAGCCUGGCUGAGGUUCAGAGUGAGAUCGAGCGGAUCUUUGAGCUGGCCCGGACCCUUCAGUUGGUUGCCCUGGACGCCGACACCAUCAACCACCCAGCCCAGCUCUCCAAGACCUCACUGGCCCCCAUCAUUGUUUACAUCAAGAUUACUUCUCCAAAGGUACUCCAGAGGCUCAUCAAAUCUCGAGGGAAGUCUCAGUCCAAACACCUCAAUGUCCAAAUAGCGGCCUCGGAGAAGCUGGCGCAGUGCCCCCCUGAAAUGUUUGACAUCAUCCUGGACGAGAACCAAUUGGAGGAUGCCUGCGAGCACUUGGCGGAGUACUUGGAAGCCUAUUGGAAGGCCACACACCCGCCCAGCAGCACCCCGCCCAAUCCGCUGCUGAACCGCACCAUGGCUUCCGCAGCCCUGGCUGCCAGCCCCGCCCCCGUCUCCAACCUCCAGGGACCCUACCUUGCUUCCGGGGACCAGUCGCUGGAACGGGCCACCGGGGAGCACACCAGAGUGCACGAGUACCCGGGGGAGCUGGGCCAGCCCCAAGGCCUUUACCCCAGCAGCCACCCACCAGGCCGGGCGGGCACUCUGCGGGCACUGUCCCGCCAAGACACGUUUGAUGCCGAUACCCCUGGCAACCGAAACUCUGCCUACACGGAGCUGGGAGACUCGUGUGUGGACAUGGAGACUGACCCCUCAGAGGGGCCAGGGCUUGGAGACCCUGCAGGGGGCAGCACCCCACCAGCCCGGCAGGGGUCCUGGGAGGAUGAGGAAGAAGACUAUGAAGAGGAGCUGACCGACAACCAGAACCGUGGCCGGAAUAAGGCCCGCUACUGCGCGGAGGGUGGGGGUCCAGUUCUGGGCCGCAACAAGAAUGAGCUGGAGGGAUGGGGGCGAGGUGUCUACAUCCGCUGAGAGCCAAGGGCCAAGCAGUGGGAGGAUGGGCUAAGCCCAGGGAGGGGAGGGACAGAGGGGCUCACCGCCUGGGUGCAUCUUGCCUCCAGGGGGCGCUGUCUCCUUUCAAAUGCCUUUGCUCAGCGUUUGUGGUCUUUGGGGGUAGCAACCCAGCUCCUGGGGGUCCCUUAGGCCACAGCUGUGGGUUUUUACCUACCUGCCAUGGAUGGAUGGGGGGUUAUGUCCCCUUUUCCCCACCUCAAGGGGUUCUCCCUCAUUAUCCCAGAGAAAAGGUGCAUUUCCUAUAUACUAUUCUGGGCUCUAAACCAGGAUCUAAAUGGGGUGGCCCUUUUCCCAACCUGGCGUAUUUGGAGACAAUAGGGACCUUUUCCUGGAGAAGGAGACCACAGAAUAUUCCCCACGAGGACGCUCUUCCUCAAACCCCAGACCCAGGCUCCCUCACUAUGCCCACCUCUCUCCCCAACUUCCUGGCAGCAUGGUCUGGUGAGUGAAAGCUACAGCAAGAGUGUCCAGCCCGGGAGUUAGUCUAGGGCAGGGGUGUGCGCAGGAAGUGGUAGGCUUCAGCUGUGGCGCCCUCUGCGGGCCCAGAGCCCAGAAUCCCGAGGAGUGCCCAGACGCUGCCACCCACCUCCAUGCCUGAGCCUUCACCUCCCCUGGAAUGAGCUUUGCUUCCAACACCCCCCCUUGCCUGCUGCCAUCAGAAGAGGGAGCCCCUCUGCCUCUGAGGCCCCAUCUACCUGUCUCCUGGAUGUGGAUCCCAUGGAACACUGGUCCGCCGCCUCAUUUUGAAACCAAAAAACUGCUCCUUCACUCACCCUGAGCCCCUGGGGAGAGGCCCCCAUGGGUUGGUGCCCAGGAGGUGAGCACCAUCUCAGGGGGUGUCUUGGGACCUCUGGUCACCCUUGGGGGGUUUGGCUGCUGCUGCUGCUACUGCUCUGUAUUUGCCUCUUGUGACCCUGUCUGUCACCUCAUGUCCAGACCCUCGGAGAGGCCUUGGUAACCCCUCUGCCCUGGAGUGUCCUGCCUAGCAUCCCUGUAGCCCAGCAGCCCUGCCCCUCCCCAGCCUCUAGCUGGGCCAGAGAGAGCCGAUUGUGCCAACGAGGACUGGGCCCUGCCCGGCUGCCCACCUCGGGUGGGCUCCUCAUGCCUGUCUCGCCACCUCCUGUGCCAAUGUUGUCCUCCCCUCCCCCACUUGGGGUUGGGGUGCAGCUUCCACUUAUGGUUAGAAGACACCCCUGCCCAACCUUCCUCCCUGUCUGGUGUCCUGUGCCCCCUCCCAUUUGUCUGUCUGUACUCCCCUAGAAGUAUUUUGCCACAUAUAAAACGCCAUCGUGUCCUUUGCGGCCA